CGAAAGGGGAGGUUCGCGUUUUCUGCAGCGAGCGCACGACUCCGCCAGAGCGUGGAUCUGGAUGUCGGCGUACCUGCAGUGCUAUUAUUUGAAUUUGAUAUGAAUUUGUUUGCUUAUCGUUAUUUUGUAUUCUAACAGAACAACCUAUAAAUAAUUUGGAUUAUAAUGCUUCGUCCAGGAAGAGCAUCUGCAAAACAACAUCAGUGUGCACAGUCUUCUGAACCAACGUGGGAUGUUCUGCGAACGAAAAGCAUAAUCAUUUAUAUAGCAAAAUUCGAUGAAGAUUGUGAUCUUUUUUCGGACUGAGAUAUUACACCGGAUCAUUGUUUUUCAUUUUGCCCUCUUCGUCUUUCAAGGGAUAGGGUGAAGGCUUAGUGUGGAUUUGCAUUGUGUUAUGAAAAUGAGGUUGUAAACCGCUGUGGCUCGUUCUGUCAGAAGGCUGUUGGUGGACUGAAAGGGAAGACUAACACAUUGCGGACAACAAAUCAGUGCCGAUGUAUUCAGCUACACGAUGAAUAACGAUACAUUAUACAUAUUCAGGGGAGUCUGAAUAAUUCAGCCGUGGCAGUUCUGAUCUGAUUGAUGACCAGUUGUUUUGUUGCCAUCAUCAGACAAAGCUUGUGACAAAAGAGGUUGUCACCCCCACAUCACUGACCAUACAGUCAGGUAACCGCAACGCACAGCGUUUUCCUAACGAAUAAACCAAAAUGGCCCUCAACAGAAGUAUCGAACUGGAACACUUCGAGGAACGGGACAAGACGCAUCGCUCUACUCGAGUGUCCACCUCAGGUUCACAGUCCGGGUCCAGGGCAAGCAGUCUGGCUCCGAGCCCGGCCCAUAGCGCCAACUGUAGUUUCUAUCGCACCCGCACAUUGCAGGCGCUUAGUUCGGAGAAGAGAGCCAAGAAAGUUAGGUUUUACCGAAAUGGCGACAGAUAUUUCAAAGGUUUGGUAUAUGCUGUGUCCAACGACCGGUUCCGGUCCUUCGAUGCUCUGCUGAUGGAAUUGACCAGAUCACUGUCGGACAAUCUUACCCUGCCCCAAGGAGUCCGAAACAUAUACACUGUGGAUGGCACGACGAAGAUCACAAGCCUGGAGGAGUUAGUAGAAGGGGAGAGCUACGUGUGCGCCUCCAACGAGGCCUACCGCAAGGUGGACUACACCAAGAACGUCAACCCCAACUGGUCGGUGAACGUGCGGGCAGCGACUGCGCGCUCGCACUCCUCCCACGGCCCGCUGCGGAGCGAGUCGCGCGAGAGCAAGGACUUCAUCAAGCCCAAGCUGGUGACGGUCAUCCGCAGCGGCGUCAAGCCCCGCAAGGCCGUGCGCAUCCUGCUCAACAAGAAGACGGCCCACUCCUUCGAGCAGGUGCUGACCGACAUCACCGACGCCAUCAAGCUCGACUCUGGGGCCGUGAAACGGCUCUACACACUGGAUGGCAAGCAGAUCACCUGUCUGCAGGACUUCUUCGGCGACGACGACGUGUUCGUCGCCUGCGGCCCGGAGAAACACCGCUACGCGCAGGAUGACUUUGUGCUGGAUCACAGCGGUAAGGCUUCCGCAUCCUUCGUGACAGAGUGUAGGGCAAUGAAGUCCUCAAGUGCUCGCUCUGCGGCAGCACCGCGUCCCUCGGGAUCCAGGAGCCCUGCAUCCUCACGCCGUAGCAAAUCCCCGGGAGCAGUGAGAAGAGCAGGACAAUAUUCUGCCAGUUGCUCUCCAGUCCGAUCCCCAGCCAAUGGAACCCCUGUCAGUCAGAUGUCCACACCCAAGUCCACAAAAUCCUCCAGCUCCUCUCCAACCAGCCCUGGCAGUGUGCGCAGCCUCAAGAUCUCUGCUCUUCACAGCUCCGCCUCCAAUGUGAAUGGAGCUGCAGAUCAGAUCGGUGACCUGAGCCUAGAAGUUAAUGGGAACAGAUGCCUGUUAGCCUCGGCCAUCCUGGACAAAUACAAAGUCGGGAAGGUUAUCGGGGACGGAAAUUUCGCCGUUGUGAAGGAAUGCGUCGAGCGGUCCACGGGGAAGGAGUUUGCCCUGAAGAUCAUCGACAAGGCCAAGUGCAGCGGGAAGGAGCACCUGAUUGCGAACGAGGUGGCCGUGCUGCGAAGGGUUAAGCACCCCAACAUCAUCAUGCUCAUCGAGGAGGUGGACACGCCCACCGAGCUCUACCUGGUCAUGGAGCUGGUCAAGGGUGGGGACCUGUUUGAUGCCAUUACCUCCUCUACAAAGUACACUGAGAGGGAUGCCAGUGCCAUGGUGUUCAACCUGGCCGGAGCCCUCAAGUACCUGCAUCACAUGAGCAUCGUCCAUCGUGACAUUAAACCUGAGAACCUGCUGGUGUGUGAGUACCCUGACGGCACCAAGUCUCUGAAGCUGGGGGACUUCGGACUGGCCACCGUGGUGGAGGGGCCACUGUACACGGUUUGCGGGACGCCCACCUACGUCGCCCCCGAGAUCAUUGCUGAAACUGGAUACGGGCUGAAAGUGGACAUCUGGGCGGCUGGGGUCAUCACCUACAUCCUGCUCUGUGGCUUUCCCCCAUUCCGCAGUGAGAAGAACCUUCAGGAAGACCUGUUUGACCAGAUCCUGGUGGGGCGGCUGGAGUUCCCCUCCCCGUACUGGGACAACAUCACUGACUCAGCCAAAGAGCUGAUUGGCCGGAUGCUGCAGGUGAACGUGGAGGCUCGCUAUACAGCGGAAGAUGUGCUCUCCCACCCCUGGGUCACUGACGAUGCUGAGAUGGAGAAUAACCUGAAGGUUGAGAUGACAGGUAAACUGAAGCAGCACUUUAACUCCACACCAAAGCAGAAUAACGCCUCAGCAGGAGUGUCUGUUCUUAUGGUGAGCACUGAGACUAACAACACAGCGUUGCGUAAACACACUGUCACUCUGAUAUUGCACAGCUUCUCACAAACACAGUCUCCCCAACAGCUAACAUCAACAGCUUUGCACAAACACAGUCUCUCCAACAGCUAACAUCAACAGCUUUGCACAAACACAGUCUCUCCAACAGCUAACAUCAACAGCUUUGCACAAACACAGUCUCUCCAAGUAAGAGCUGAUAUCACACAACUUCACACAAACACACAGUCUCUCCGAAAACAUCCUAUACCUUCUCACAAACAUAUUCUUUCUGACAGCUAACAUCCCACAGCCUCUCACAAACUUCCCCAACUAGCAGCAAAAUAAUCCAUCUCCUCCAAUAUUACACGUAACAAAAUUACUUCUCGCAAAUACACACUCUCCCACUAGUAUAAUGUAACACAAUCAGAUGUACACUCACAGAAAUGCUGUGUACGCCGGGGUAUAAUAAUCUUAUAAACAUUAUGCAAUUUACUGAUUGUUUGGUCUGCCCCAUGGCUGAACUCACUCUCUCAACAACAUCUGUCUUAUAACUGUCUCGUGUUCUGUAAUCACCGUGAAUGAAGAAACAUGUUCAGUUUACUGGGGCAGCUGCAUCAAAUAAAGGAAUUUUCCAGAGGGUCUCAAAAACACUGUGGAAGAUGCUAGCAUCUGAUUGCAAAUUCAGUAUUUAUGGUUCCUGGUCCUGACAGUAAUGACAUGGACUGAAUUUGCCAAACUUCAAUACGUAUUUCAUUGCCACGAGAGGACAAAUAUGGUCAUAUAAGCGUGUGACUGUGGAUAUUGGUUUAUGAAUGGACUCUUUUUGCCACCACGGUUGUUUCCUACGAAAUGUUAUCAUCCCUCUAGGGUACAGACAAUUUAUUGAAUGUGCUGCUUCUAUAUAAGACUGAUUCUUUUAAAUACCUCAGGGAUUUCUACUUGCAAAACAACUACUCAGCUGAAUGUGUUCAUUCUAAGAUGGCAUAACCCAUUGUUUCCAGAGAACGAAGGAACAAGGGUUUAUAAAACGAGAUCGGACACCGCUGUAUACCCUCCUGUGUCAGAAUUAAGAUGAAUCCAAUGCGUACUGUGAUUCCUGAAGGCAUGCAGUAAAAAAAAAGGAUAUAUAAUCAUCACUUCCAGGAUUAUUUCAAGACCUGAACCCCACUCCAGUGUGGGUUGGUGAGACACCCCCUCCCUGCUCCCCGACUCAACACAGUCACUCCUGUGUUUCC